AUGGCAACUCUGGGCGCAGCAACAGCGUGCGUCCCGGCCUCCGGCGUCAGGUGCAUCCCGACGUUUGCUGCCGCGCCGGCGCCGAUCAGGACCGCCCCACGUCCCACCGCCUCUCUGAAGCGACCCACGACGGGUGGCGUGAGGCUGUCGGCGAGGUUCAGGACGGCGGCCGCGACGCACAAGGUGAAGCUCGUCGGGCCCGACGGCGAGGAGACGGAGCUGGAGGUGGCGGAGGACGCCUACAUCCUGGACGCGGCGGAGGAGGCCGGCGUGGAGCUGCCCUACUCGUGCCGGGCCGGGUCGUGCUCGACGUGCGCGGGGAAGCUGGCGUCCGGCGAGGUGGACCAGUCGGACGGAUCGUUCCUCGACGACGCGCAGAUGGCCGAGGGGUACGUGCUCACCUGCGUCGCCUACCCCCGGGCGGACUGCGUCAUCUACACCCACAAGGAAGAGGAGGUGCAUUAG